AUGAAGAAGAAGAGGGAUGAACGGCUGCGGAGGGUAGUCGAGGCCCGGGUGAAGGAAGAACAGAAAGAGGAGGAGAAGAAGAAGAAGAUUGAGCAGAAAAUGCUCCAGAUUGACGAGAAACACGACAAGGAAAGAGAACGCCUGAAACUGGAAGCACUAAAGAAGAAGCAAGAGCAAGAAGACGAGAGGAAGAAGAAGAUGGAGGAGGAGAAGAGGAGAAAACAGGAGGAGAUGAAGAAGAAGAGGGAUGAACGGCUGCGGAGGGUAGUCGAGGCCCGGGUGAAGGAAGAACAGAAAGAGGAGGAGAAGAAGAAGAAGAUUGAGCAGAAAAUGCUCCAGAUUGACGAGAAACACGACAAGCUGCGAGUGGAGCGCAUGGCAGAGGAGAGAGCCAAGAAGAAGGUGGCCACCAAACGCCAGGAGGAGCUGGAACUGAGGAGGAAGAUGGAGGAGGACGUCAGGAGGAAGAAGAUUCAACAGUCUGAGGAGGAGGAGAAGCGUCAGCAGGAGCUGCAGGCGAAGAGGAGAGCCGAAGAAGAGCAGGAGAGGGCUCGUAAGAUGGCCGAGGCCCGACGAGCCCUGGAGCUGAAGAAAGAACUAGAGAGAGAACUGGAGAGAGAGAGACAAGCAUCUGCUGAGAGGGAGCGGGUAGAGCGAGAGAAGGCCAUUGCUCUUCAGAGAGACGUGGAGAAAGCUGCCCGGGAGAAGGAGAGGAGAGAGUUGGAGAAGAGGAAGAGGGAGGAGCAACAGAGGCAGGCUGAGGAGGAGAGACAGCGAGAAGCUGAGAGACUCGCUGAGCGACAGCGAGAAGCUGAGAAACUUGCUGAGCGACAGCGCGAAGCUGAGAAACUCGCUGAGCGACAGCGAGAAGCUGAGAAACUCGCUGAGCGACAGCGAGAAGCCGCUAAGAGCCACCUGACUGCUGAAGUUCAGGUGUUGAAGACGCCUGUAGGGAAGGGAGGAGUCCUCAACGUCACUGUGGAUAUCGAGCAGUCUCCCCAGUCGUAUGAGAUCACUCCUAAGGGGGGGAACAAGCCCGUUGUUCUCAACACCAACCCUGAGGACUAUGGGAUGGAUCAGAACAGUGAUGACUCUACUGAUGACGAAUCUGCACCGAGGAAACCCAUCCCCACGUGGGCUGAGGGCAACCAGCUGAAGCAGUCUAUGAUGAAGCAAUAUUUUCACCCAGCUGACGUGGACUCUCACUACGGGGCGAUUGAACCCCCAAAGCUGGAUCGCAUCUUCUGCAAGAGCAAACCUCGCUACUUUAAACGUACCAGCUCUGCUGUCUGGCACUCGCCGCCUCGAAUGGGAGCUCUACCCCUUUAAGCACUGGGAUAAAAUUGUUUUAUUUUUUUUCAUUUUGGUAAUGUUUGUUCUUUCAUGUAUUGUAUUAGGAUUCCUAGCUGGCGGACACUUGAAGGGGAAGUGUAAGGAAUAUAGAACCUUUUUUUCUUUUUUAAAAAUUCUUUAAAAAAAAUAAAUCUUGUAUACAUUUUUACAUUUCUUCUGAAUAAAAUGGAUAUAACAUCUCCACAA